AAAAACUGUAGCUUCCAGUUCCUUCUCUGGAAUCUAGUGGAGGAAAUACUCUACUCAAAAAAGAAAACGAAGAGAAAAAAGUGGGAUCCAAUAUGGAAGAGAGACAAGGGAAAUCCCCAAGAUAUGUUGAAGGGAAAUUCUGUGACCACAGUUGUGUCCCAGGUCUAGAGAGUAAGCAGUCCAAAUUGGAACCUGGUGAAGGGCUACAGAAGCAAAUGGUUAUGAGCCUUAGAGUUUCUGAACUCCAAGUACUGUUGGGCUACGCUGGGAGAAACAAGCACGGACGCAAACACGAACUUCUCACAAAAGCCCUGCAUUUGCUAAAGGCUGGCUGCAGUCCUGCUGUACAAAUGAAAAUUAAAGAACUCUAUAGGCGGAGGUUCCCCCAGAAAAUCAUGACGCCCGCGGACUUGUCCAUCCCCAGUGUCCAUUCAAGUCCUAUGCCAGCAACUUUGUCUCCAUCUACCAUUCCACAACUCACUUAUGAUGGUCACCCUGCAUCAUCGCCGUUACUCCCUGUUUCUCUUCUGGGACCUAAACAUGAACUGGAACUCCCACAUCUUACAUCAGCCCUUCACCCAGUACAUCCGGAUAUAAAACUUCAAAAAUUACCAUUUUAUGAUUUACUGGAUGAACUGAUAAAACCCACCAGUCUAGCAUCAGACAACAGUCAGCGCUUUCGAGAAACCUGUUUUGCAUUUGCAUUGACACCACAACAAGUGCAGCAAAUCAGUAGUUCCAUGGAUAUUUCUGGGACCAAAUGUGACUUCACAGUGCAGGUCCAGUUAAGGUUUUGUUUAUCAGAAACCAGUUGUCCACAAGAAGAUCACUUCCCACCCAAUCUUUGUGUGAAAGUGAAUACAAAACCUUGCAGCCUUCCAGGUUAUCUUCCACCUACAAAAAAUGGUGUGGAACCAAAGCGACCCAGCCGACCAAUUAAUAUCACCUCACUUGUCCGAUUGUCCACAACAGUACCAAACACCAUUGUUGUUUCUUGGACUGCAGAAAUUGGAAGAAACUAUUCCAUGGCAGUAUAUCUUGUAAAACAGUUGUCCUCAACAGUUCUUCUUCAGAGGUUACGAGCAAAGGGAAUAAGGAAUCCGGAUCAUUCUAGAGCUUUAAUUAAAGAGAAAUUGACUGCGGAUCCAGACAGUGAAAUAGCUACAACCAGCCUAAGGGUUUCUCUACUAUGUCCACUUGGUAAAAUGCGGCUGACAAUUCCAUGUCGGGCCCUAACAUGUUCUCACCUACAGUGUUUUGAUGCAACUCUUUACAUUCAGAUGAAUGAGAAAAAACCAACCUGGGUUUGUCCUGUCUGUGAUAAGAAGGCUCCGUAUGAACACCUUAUUAUUGAUGGCUUGUUUAUGGAAAUCCUAAAGUACUGUACAGACUGUGAUGAAAUACAGUUUAAGGAGGAUGGCUCUUGGGCACCUAUGAGAUCCAAAAAGGAAGUACAGGAAGUUUCUGCCUCUUACAAUGGAGUUGAUGGAUGCUUGAGCUCCACAUUGGAGCAUCAGGUGGCUUCUCACCACCCGUCCUCAAAUAAAAAUAAGAAAGUGGAGGUGAUUGAUUUAACCAUAGACAGUUCAUCUGAUGAAGAGGAGGAAGAGCCUUCUGCCAAGAGGACCUGUCCUUCCCUGUCUCCCACAUCACCACUAAAUAAUAAAGGCAUAUUAAGUCUUCCACAUCAAGCAUCUCCAGUGUCCCGCACCCCAAGCCUCCCUGCUGUAGACACAAGCUACAUUAAUACAUCCCUCAUCCAGGACUACAGGCAUCCUUUCCACAUGACACCCAUGCCUUAUGACCUACAAGGAUUAGAUUUCUUUCCUUUCUUAUCAGGAGACAAUCAGCAUUAUAACACCUCCCUCCUUGCUGCCGCCGCAGCAGCGGUUUCCGAUGAUCAAGACCUCUUACACUCGUCUCGGUUUUUUCCGUAUACCUCCUCACAGAUGUUUCUCGAUCAGUUAAGUGCAGGAGGCAGUACUUCUCUGCCAACCACCAAUGGAAGCAGUAGUGGCAGUAACAGCAGCCUCGUGUCCUCCAACAGCCUGCGGGAGAGCCACAGCCACACCGUUGCCAACAGGAGCAGCGCGGACACGGCGUCCAUCUUCGGCAUCAUCCCAGACAUCAUCUCGUUGGACUGAUUCCCUCGCCCCUGCUGCUCCCACCCCUACCCCAGAUUAAAUGAACUUGGCAGAAAGAAGAGAACUUUGUGCUAUGUUUUACCUUAUUCUGUUUAGAAAAGUACACAAGCGUGUUUUUUUUUCCUUUUUUUAGGGAAAAAAUUAAAAGAAAUGUACAGAGAACAAAACUAUAUUUUCAGUUUUACUUUUGUAUAUAAAUCUAAGACUGCCUGUCUGAUAAAACACUUGUAAAAAACAAAAAAAAAAAAAAGGAAAGAAAAGAAAAAAAGAAAAAAAAAGUACCCACAAACCACCUUCAGUUCAUUUUUUUCUGGAUUCUGAAGAUUUUUUUUUCAUCAUUUGUCCUAUGGUUUUGGUUUUAUUUUACUUCAAUGGCAUUAUUUUAUUUGCAAUAACAGAAAAGGAAUUGCAUGUAUGAAGUUUUAAAUUGUGGGCUUUUCUUUGUUGUGGGGAGGGGGCUGGGGGGAGAUCGUUUUAAUUUCCAUUUUCUAAAAAGGACAGACUUGGAUUCUGUUUGUGCGUGUGCAUAUUUUAUUCAGCCUUAAAUUAUAAAUCUCAUCUGUCCCACUGCAUUCCCUGUGUAUUUUCAGGACAUAGCUCGUGGGUGUGUGUGUUCAGUGUGUGUGUCUGUGUAUAUUUUUCUGUCGUUACUGUUCCUUCUCCUCCCGAGUUUUCUGCAUUCAGUUGAUAAAUCAGUUGCCUGCUUCUCUCAAAGUGCUUUGAAGGUCUUGAACUCCCGUAUGAGCAUCUUUAUUGCUGUCCCAGUUGCAUGUUCCCCAUCACAUAUUCUUUCUUAUUUGCUAGAUACCCCCUGAGAAUAUGUUCUAGAGAUUUGGAGUAAAGCUGUCUGGAUAAAGGAGGAGGCUUGGCAGACCUGUGAAUAAUACACUUUAGUCUAGUUCUUUCUUCUAAAUUUGGAUUGCCAGUAUUAUGUAUUUAAACCAAGUCUGUGAACACCUGCCUUUUUGGCCACGGGGUAACAAGUUUUCACGAAGAUCUUCAUGCCAAAGUAGGAAGUAAAAAUAGCUUCAAAAGCCCUGUUGGGUGUCUUGUGCAGCUGACAGAGGUAAGGUUACAUCGCUUCAAAAAAGAAAGCAAGACAGUCGAUUACCCUAAAAGUAAAUUCUCUUUGGAAAAUACAGUGCACCACACACGUCCGUCUAGAAAUCCACUAUCUGAUAAACAGUUAAAAUGCAAAAUAGGCUUGAGUCUUAGUCAAUUUACUCCCUGGUUCUGAGUGAACUUCUUUUCUUAGCCUUGCGGUCUUGUUUGUUUUAUUUUUUCUUCACCUUUUAAAGACACGCAUGACAUAGGAAAGUCAAUAUUGUUUCCUUUUUUCUUUUUUCUUUCUCUCUCUUUUUUUUAGAAUUCAUGGAUCAAUCUAAUCUUAUUAAUAAUGGAACAUGUAAAUAUAGUGAGAACUGUUUUUCAGGAGAUGAGUGUGGGUUGGAGGGAAGGAAGGUGGUUCUACUUGUGUUCCAGAAUCCUCAUCAGAGAGGUAUCUUGUCCUUCGGGGAGCACCUGAAGGUGUGGAGGGGUUUAGCCAGUUUAACAGAAAAGAUGGAGGAAAGAGCGUAACGCUUACCAGUUUCCCAGCCUGGAUUUUUAUAUCACGACUGUUUAUGUUCUCAGAGUUGGUGAAGGACCACCUUUGUGUAUAAAAGUGUCGCUUCAACCUUGCAAUGGUAACAAAAUGAUCUGCUUUAUCCGGGUAGAAUUCAAGAUGGCUGUAUCUUCAGUUGUAUGAUAAAAACGGUUCACAUGACUGUGUGGCAUCUAGAAAUAAUACCUGUUUUUACAGCAUCUCUCUGCCACUAAAUUGUUGACUUGAAUUUUGAAAAACAAGUUGGUGUUGAUAUGUAUAUGUGUGUGUGUAUAUAUGUAUUUAUAGACAAGUGUGUGUGAGUGACACGUGAGUUAAUAGUCUUCCCCUACGCAUGUGUAUCCACACACACAUGGCUGAGUUAUAGUCACUAAACAAUUUGCAAUAAAAACAAAAGAUUCAUUGUCGGUGAAAACAGGAAUUAGUGUUUUAAUAAAUCUGCUCUUAUGGUGAGUAAACUCUUUAAGAACGCUCGUUGCCAUAUUAACUUAGGCUAAGAUUUAAGAGUACCAUAAUUUGUGUCUAAAUUCAGACUGAGAUAGAAAUCACUCAAGUUGUGGGGUGUUGCUUCUUAUUUCACACUGUAAUAGGAAACAUCAUUUCUAUUAAUUCAGCUACCUAAAAUGAAUAGUUUUCUGUAUCCUCUUUUCUUUGUUUUUCUGUCAUUGUUGUUAGUGGUCUCAAAAUUCUGAUCAAUAACUUUGUGUGUAGUGCUGAAUCCCAAACUCUGAAUGAUCCAGUUAAAAACCCAUCCCUGUCCUUCCUUCAGCUGAGGUUUGGGGAUGGUGAGUUUCCCUCAGUGUCCUGCAUUAUACCAGACUAAAGGAAGAACAGGUAAUAAAUAGGGAGAAAGAAAUGUCUGUCUAGUGGCUUUGGUCAUGUCUCCACAGGAGAAACGAACCAUUCGAUUGUCUUUCGAUUUUAGUUCAUUCCACUCUAAGGAGUUUGUUUCUUUCAGUUGUUGGCUUGCCAGAGUGUCGCAGUAGCAGUAGCUAUCCCUCUGUUGGUCUCCUGGUCAACACUGGUCCAUCAGACUGUUUUGAUCGGUAGUCGUUAUUGGUAGAGUCAUGCCCUGCACCGUUAUCUUCUAAGUUAAAAAAAAAAAAAAAGAAGAAGAAGAAGUGCACAGGCAUUUCAUCGGUUUUUUCCUUAACCCACCCUCACCCCACGCCAACACUGACAUGCUGUCUGUGGACGAAGAGCGAUUCCCAGAAUCUUUAGGCAAGCUGCCACCAUCCCCUUGCCGUGGGCUUUCCCAGUAGGUGCACAUAUGUUUCUGUUUCUGUACAGUACUCUGUAUUUUUUGAUAAAAUAGCUAUUUGACUUAGCAGGGUUGAAGUGGCUUUUAAUUAUCUUGUGGGCAUUAUUGGACACGUCUUUUUAAAAACAAUCUGACCUUAAUCGUGCCACACUUGGUUGACUAAUUUAUUUUGAGCAUUAAAGUUUUUCUUCUGUUAAUUUAGACAUUAUCACAAUUCUGUAUCGUUACUGACUUAGGAAAGAUUGCACUUAAGCUUCUGUUAAAUGUGAUUUCUUGGCAGAUUUUCCUUUGAGUCAAAUGUCUGAAACAAUGAACAUAUAUCCCAAUUUUAAACUAACUAAUUGUGGAAAGAACAUUUUUAAACAAUUCCAAGUUUAAAUCCAUAAGACACUUCAAGAUCUUCAGAACUUUAAAGCACAUUUAAAAUUAUUUUAGUAAGAAUUUUGUUUUAUCAAUACAUGUUGAAUUCUGUUUUUUAGUUAAAAAAAAAAAAACACAAAGCUUAGAUUUCAGAAAGAGGGAGGGAGAAUAGCUGGUGGUCCCAGAGUGUGCUGCUGUUAAUUGUUUAAUUAACAAAGGGGAAAUGUAUAUAAACAGAUAUAAAAGUUACCAUAAAUUCCAUGAACUUAAAUCUGUGAUUCAUUGCCUUAAAACUUUCUCUCUUAGAAUUUCCAUACCGCAUGCCAAACCAGUAAAAUGGCUUUUAAAAAUGUAUAGUAGACCAAUGUCAGUUUGUAUAAAAGUACCAAGUGAAAAUAUUUAUUACAUGCAUUGGAAAAAAAUUGUUUACCUAUUGAAUGUUACCUGUUUAUGUAGAGCUCUUUAGAUGUAAUAAAAGAAAAGCCUUCAGUUAA